AUAAAAACAUGACCACUGGCGUGGAGUCAACAAACCGAGAGAGCCGGAGACGGAGGGACAGACAGAGAGACAGACAGAGAGACACACACAGAGGAGUGCACACAUCGCCAUGUCAUCCACAGACCUAGAGAGCUUGGAGAGCGGAGCCGCGCGCUCCCGCUGCAGGCGCAUGGACGCGUGCCUUGUGGGAUCCGUGCUCGCGCUCUUCGUGCUGACGGUCGCGGGGUUCGUGCUCGCGCUGCUCUUCGCGCUGAACCUGAAGUCCGAGAUGGACAGCAUUAAGAAGAGGGACAUUACGGACGACAGUCCAACGUUAGGGUCCCUGCACGCGGACAUUGGCUCGGGCUACAAGGCGCAGAGUUUUGCCUACCUGCGAGCCACCAACAGCGAGCUGAAACAAGGAGUAAUGGAGUGGGAGUCCAUAUCCUAUGGGAGCGGGAAGACGGUGGGCUCGGGCUACACCUACGACCCCGAUCACAGAGCGCUAACAGUGAAGCGCGAGGGAAGCUACUUCCUGUACACCCAGCUCAAACUAUCCUGUGUCUACCAAUGUGAGAACGGGUCGCUGACCCUCACGUUCGAAAGCCAGGGCAACAGCGAGCAGCUCUCCUGCACCGUGAAGCUGCCAGCCAACCACUCAGACGACGUGGUCCAGAAGUGCUGGACCGUGAUCCCGCAUCUGGAGCAGAAAAGCCGACUCCUGGCUAGGAUAAGUUCAAACAAGAGCCUGAAGAACUGGCAACUGGACCUCAACAGCUCCGGCUUUGGGAUAUUCCUCGUGGACGGGCUAGAGAAGGAGUAAAGGUCAGCACGCGCUUGUUGUUGCGCUCUCGGGUACUGUAAGAAAGCUCAGCCGGAGGUGGACUUUCUGUAGUUGCAAAAAAGACUUCAUGGGUCCAAACCCUUUGCACUUUGAUCCACUCAGGAAAGACUCUCAGGAAUCACUAUUUUUAUACUUGUAUCAGCUAUUUAUAUUGCAUUUGUACAUAUCUUGUUUUAUGAUAUUUAUAGAGAGUAAUUUAUGUGUAAAGUUAUUAAUAUGUGUUAUUUGCGCAAACCGUUUGCUGUAAAACAGUGGAAAAGGUGUUUACUGUUAGACAGUAGCUGAGAAGUAGACGUCACUACGGAUUAGCCAUGCUAGUGGCUGCGUCUGAGUUAAGAGGUUAGCCUUCCAGGAAAAAAUGGCUAACAAUGGACACAAGACUUGAAACAGCCUUUGUAUUCACACAGUGCCUUGGAAUGGGAAUGCGAUUGCAAUGAACGGCGUUCCCGCUUGGUUGCGGUAAAGCCAGCAGGCCACCUCCCAGAGAGGUGCCGGAUUUACAGAUGCUAACGAGACCAUUGUCGUUAUACUGGACUUUACAGAUGAAUGUAGUGCAGUUAUGCAGUCAAUAA